AUGGGAAGGUGUACCGAUUCAGAACUUACCCUCAACUGGGAACCUCUUGUGGCCAGGAUGGGUAAUUCGAUGGAAGUGUCACAAGGUUCUUUGUAGGAUCGACUCCAAGAGGUGCUCUCAGGACUGACACACAUUGUUGUGUCCUUGGGAAAAUAUCUAAGUCAGGAGAAAAAGUAUGCACCCACGGAGAUUCGAACCAGUAUCCUGUCGCUGACGCCAUGUACAUGCGAAGGUGUACCGAUUCAG